AUGCUCCUUCUACACCUCCUCCUGGCAGUUUUCUUGAAAAUUUCAUUGGCGAUUAUUCCGACUCCACGGCUUGUGGUGCAAAAUCAAGUCGCUGCUUUUCAAGCUGCAGUGGCGAAGCACGACACCCAGGUGCUUCUGAAGCUUUUCGAGACAACGGGAGAAGACAAUGAGUACAUUGGAAAACUGAUCGAAGCUGCCAAAAUGGUCAACAUCAACGUCUACAACGUCGAACACACCGCUGCUAAUGACAUCAAUGCAGACUUGAUUUUUUGGGUGGACAGCUCCAGGGGCGAUAAUUCCGCUCAAUGGGCCCUUCCUGCAAACUCGGCGAGCCCGACGGGGUGGAGAAUCACAGGAAUCCAACAGGUCAAGUCUCCAAGAGUCACCUCCGAUCGGUGCCAUAUUGGGAUUUUCAAAUGUUUCGUGGAGUUUGUCGCUGGGCUCUGAUUUUUUUAAAUUAUUUUUGGGACACACGUGUUGUCAGGCUGACCCAUAACUUUUUGAUCUACAAUACGGGAAUUUUUCGUCCAAAAAAUGUGACGUCAGCAGACAGUCUCUCCUCCCGCAUUUUUCGAAAAUCUACGUAGAUCAAUCAAAUAUGGGACGCUCUGACACCACGUGUUAAUAGCAGUUAAAAUGAAUAAAAGAUUGUGACACAAA